CUGCAUUGUUGACGUCUUUGCGCCCGUUCGCUGGCUUUCUCCCCGUCCUUCUAUCAUCACCAACCUCAGCUGCUCUGCUGAUCUUUGUGGGUGAGUGGAGCAUUCUUUGUCUCUCAGAUCAUGGCGGACGUAUCAGGCAACAUGCUGAAGCGGCCUCACCCCGAGGACGAAGACAAGAACUCACAGAAAAGACCGCGUUCCAAUCAUGGAUCUCCAAUGCCCGCCCAAGGGGCGCCCGCCGCGGGCAAAGUGGACAUUGAGAAGAUGGUGGCCGAAGCAAGAGCAAAGGCAGAAGCUGUGCGUGCUAGACUGCAAGCAGCCAAAGGCAUAACGCCAUCACCCACACCAGCUGCCUCGAGUGCAAGCCCGACGCCUCCUGCAGCUAGUCCGGCCAUGUCAAGAUUGGAACAGAUGAAAGCGAGGGUCGCAGCUGCUACCGGGCGCGCCAACGCCGCAGCAUCUCAGCAACGAAUUGUGCCCACGCCAGCACCUCCACCUCCUCCGUUUGAAGAUGACGAUGAUGGUUCGUCGCGAGCUCGGGGUGGUCUGGAUGUCGGUCUUCACCCCGCCUUGCUUGCCGACACACUUGAAUACCGGGGUGGGAAAGGACGACAGACUUCACAAUCGAAAAGCCGACGGACUGAAUCUCCAGCUACAGCGGGAAGGCCAGAUCGAGCCGGUCUUGAUCUAUCUGGUCCAUCUCUGGAAGAGAUCAAGAGCAAUCCAUACUUCGACCCGAAUCUUGGCCCGAAAGCAACGGUUGCGAAGCCACGACAGACACGACAGCUCAUCUUUAACCAGAAGGGCAAAUACAUACAGCAGGCGGCUGCUCUCCGUCGGCAAGCCCAGUUGGAGGCUAUGAAAAAGCGGAUUGCGGAGAGAGCACGACAGGCGGGUAUCGACGAAGACUUGGACGUGGAGAAAGGUUUCCUCGUGCCGGCUCCCCCGGCGAUUGAAUGGUGGGACGAAGGUCUGGUCGACGGCGAAGACUAUUCGGCCAUCGAAAAUGACCAGAAUCUCAAAAUCGACACUCCCGAUUCGAUCAUCACACUUUACGUCCAACAUCCGGUUCUCCUUGAUCCUCCGCAGGAAAAGCUUAUGCCAGCACAGAAGCCCAUGUACCUUACACCGAAGGAACAGGCGAAGAUCCGUCGCCAGCGCCGAAUGGCAGAUCUGAAGGAGCAACAGGCGAAGAUCCGACUGGGUCUUGAGCCAGCUCCUCCGCCAAAGGUCAAGAAGUCUAACCUGAUGCGGGUUCUGGGUGAACAGGCCGUCAAAGAUCCCACGGCCGUGGAAGCACGUGUGAACCGAGAAAUUGCAGACCGUCGUGAGAAGCACGAGGCUGCCAAUGCGGAGCGCAAACUUACGAAGGAGGAACGCCGGGACAAGCUUGCCCGACAGCAGGAGAAUGAUGCUGAAAAGGGUAUUUUUAUGACAGUUUAUCGGAUCGAUAGCCUCGCCAACGGACGGAACCGCUUCAAAAUCAGUAAGAACGCCGAGCAGAACGCGCUCACAGGGGUGUGCGUCAUGCAUCCUCGGUUCAACCUGGUGAUUGUAGAAGGAGGCUCGCAUUCUAUCAACAACUACAGGAAGCUCAUGAUGAACCGGAUUGAUUGGACCGAGAAUGCCGGCCCUGGCGCUGUGCGUGAGGGCAACCGGGAGGCCCAGGCUUCAUGGCUAGCUGCCGAAGAUGAGCAAACCGGCGAUCUGAAGGAUCUCAGCUCCAACAUAUGCGACCUCGUCUGGGAAGGUCAAGUCAAGGGGCGAGCAUUCCGGAAGUGGCUCGGCGCACGAAUUUGCGAAACCGAUUCUCAAGCCAAGGAUGUUUUGGCCCGCGCAAAGUUGGAAAACUUCUGGGUUUUGGCCAAGAGCGCAAAACAAAGCGAGUCGUGAGCUGUCCACUUGCAAGUAUACCAAGACACCUAACAUUAUCACGCUUUCACACCCAAUUACUCCAUGUAUCAUACACCUUAAGACACCUCCCACAAUAAUUCCGGUAGUGAGGCUAUAACAC